GUUGAGUCAUGUGAUCUAAGCGCUAGAAAUGUACUAUAGGCUACCAGGUAAACUCGAAAGAACUUACUGUACUGGAGAAGUACUGCAGGUUCUCCACAUGUAUGAAUCGGAGCAGUGGACAAAAAGUAACACGUGCCGCCGAACUCAUGUCGGGUUCUUUAUUUAAAUUGGAACAACACAUCUAACGUUAUUUGUCAACUGACAGCAACCUACUGCUCGGGAACUUCGAAUUUGACAAAACAAGAAGGUCACCUUCACAUCUCAAAAUGAACUUCCUCUUGGAGACUCUCCGUGUGAUACUGUUUACCAUCUACUACCCUGUGGAAGCCCUCAUAAAAUUACUCAUCCCACCCAGGAUGAAAGAUGUGUCUGGUGAAAUAGUGCUCAUAACUGGGGCAGGCAGUGGUAUCGGUAGGCUUAUGGCCCUCGAGUUUGCCUCACUGGAUGUUUCGCUGGUCCUGUGGGACAUCAAUGAGGACGGGUUAAAAGAGACUGCCAGGCAGGUGAAAGAAAAAGGAGCAUCAAGCGUACAUUACUACCAGUGUGACUGCAGCGACAGGGCAGUGGUCUACAGAGUGGCAGAUCAGGUAAAAAAUGAAAUUGGUGAUGUCACCAUACUAAUAAACAAUGCAGGCAUUGUGAGUGGCAAGAAAUUCAUGGAAACUCCUGACGCACUCAUUGAGAAGACACUCAGAGUUAACGCAAUGUCCCACUUUUGGACAUAUAAAGCAUUCCUGCCCACUAUGAUAGCUAAGAACCACGGACAUCUGGUCAGUGUUGCUAGUUCUGCAGGCUUGAUAGGGGUCAAUGGACUGGCAGAUUAUUGCGCAAGCAAGUUUGCAGCUGUGGGUUUUGCUGAGUCGGUAGCCCUCGAGCUAACAGCUGAGGGAAAAGAUGGAGUCAAAACUACGAUCGUCUGUCCAUACUUCAUCAAUACGGGGAUGUUUGAUGGCUGCGGAACAAAAUGGCCCCGACUGCUGCCCAUCUUGAAACCAGAGUAUGUUGCCAAGAGGAUCGUCAGUGGGAUUCUAUCAGAUCAAGUUUACAUUUUACUUCCAUGGUCCUUGUACAUUUUACUGGCUGUGAAAUGUUUGGUUCCCCACAAGCAAUCAGUCAUCCUUGGUAUGUACUUCGGAGCCUUCAAUUUCAUGGACGCUUUCAAAGGACGAGAAAAGAAACGGGACUAAACAAUUUAAUAGAUGUUUAAUAAAGGUUGCUUGUCAUUUUUAAUCGUUUGAACUACCUCUGCCAAACAAAUAUGUCUUAUGACAUAAGUAAUAAGGGUCCAAUACAAAAAAUUCUGUAUUGUUUAGAUAAAUUGGGUUUUACACUUGUAGCAGUGUACAGUAAUAACAGUAACAGCAAUGUCAGAUGUCCUUUAUCUAUGUGGUACACUUGACUGAAUAAGCAUGUAAGCAAUAAGCAUCAAAUAUCUACUUUUUACAUUACCACUAUUUGUACCGAUAUAAGUGUUUACUAAUACUUUCACUAAAAUUUUGUACAACUGUUUGAGGCUUUAAUGUUCCUUUUAAGCAUGUCAAAGAAAACACUGAUUUACUGGCUGGAGAAAAAAUAAAAGGUUUCGUUUAGAGCUUUACGUUGAAUUUUUU